CCCAGCAAGCUGGAGGAGACAGCGGAAGGACUUUCCCGACGGCGCUGUCGCUCACGGCCCCGCACCAAUCACCGCGCAGCUUGCCCUCGGGCCCACCCCUUUGGGGGGCGUGUCCUUGGUGAGUGAUAGACAGAGCCGCCCGGCCCGCUCAGCCCAGCCCACGUUGCUGCUUAGAUUGAAAUGCAGAACUCAAGCCUCUUUCAGCGGGGCACAGACUUCCUUUUACUCCUUCCUUUUGCACUCUCGCCGCCUCCUCCCGGAGAGAAGCGGAGGCACCCACGGCCUGGGGCAGCGACAGGCUGGGACACUGAGGCCGUGCGAAAAGUUUCUUUCUGGAAGCUCGGAACUGGGGCCCGGUUGGUGUGCUGCUCGGAGCAAUGGAGCCAGCCUUCGGGGAGGUGAACCAGCUGGGAGGAGUGUUCGUGAACGGGAGGCCGCUGCCCAACGCCAUCCGGCUUCGCAUUGUGGAACUGGCCCAACUGGGCAUCAGACCGUGUGACAUCAGCCGCCAGCUACGGGUCUCUCAUGGCUGCGUCAGCAAGAUCCUGGCGCGCUACAACGAGACAGGCUCGAUCUUGCCAGGAGCCAUCGGGGGCAGCAAGCCCCGGGUCACCACCCCUACGGUGGUGAAGCACAUCCGGACCUACAAGCAGAGGGACCCCGGCAUCUUCGCCUGGGAGAUCCGGGACCGCCUACUGGCCGACGGCGUGUGUGACAAGUACAACGUGCCCUCCGUGAGCUCCAUCAGCCGCAUCCUGCGUAACAAGAUCGGCAACUUGGCCCAACAGGGCCAUUACGACUCGUACAAGCAGCACCAGCCCGCUCCGCAGCCGGCGCUGCCCUAUAACCACAUCUACUCCUACCCCAGCCCCAUCACGGCGGCCGCCGCUAAGGUGCCCACGCCGCCCGGGGUGCCCGCCAUCCCCGGCUCCGUGGCCAUGCCGCGCACCUGGCCCUCCUCCCACUCCGUUACCGACAUCCUGGGAAUUCGCUCCAUCACCGACCAAGGAGUGAGCGACAGCUCCCCCUACCACAGCCCCAAGGUGGAGGAGUGGAGCAGCCUGGGCCGCAGCAACUUCCCCGCCGCCGCCCCGCACGCGGUCAACGGGCUGGAGAAGGGAGCCCUGGAGCAGGACGCCAAGUACGGCCAGGCACCAAAUGGCCUCCCAACUGUGAGCAGUUUUGUGUCAGCAUCCAGCAUGGCUCCUUAUCCUACCCCGGCCCAAGUGUCUCCUUACAUGACCUACAGUGCUGCUCCUUCUGGUUAUGUUGCUGGACACGGAUGGCAACAUGCCAGUGGCACCCCACUUUCCCCCCACAACUGUGACAUUCCCGCGUCGCUGGCAUUCAAGGGCAUGCAGGCAGCCAGAGAAGGCUCCUGGAUCUGGACUUGCCAUAAAUUCUGUGUGUGCAGGGAAGGCUUCCACAUCGCAUGAAGGACAUUUUCUUUCUACAGCAGAGAAUUCGAACAACAGAGAAAACAAGCCAGUCUCCCAUUCUGUGCCCUAAUCAGACAACACACGUGCCAAGCAUACAAAGACAAGGUGGAAAAGGUUCGAACAAGAAGGCUCUAAAGGAAGUCACUUAGAAACUCAACAUUUAAUGUGAAAAGCUUUGCAAAGACACUUAAAAUGAACUUUCUGUUAAGAAAACCACUGUGAAACUAAAUUGUACUGUUAUCGUUGGCUAACCUGUGUGUUCAGCAAUCUCAUCCCAAAAUUACGUUGUGAUUUAAAGAAAAUGGGAAAUUCUGCUCUAAUGAAUGUAAAAAUGGCUUGCUGUGAAGUUUACAUUGUUGUACAGAAGCAUGUUUCACAUGUAGGUAAACUGGUGGUGGUAUUAGUAAUACAGAUGCUAUUUAAUUUUUAAAAUUUCCCUUUAUUCAUUUCUGGAGUUACAGGACACCGUUUAACUGAUAAAUCUUUCUAGACCGAUUUUAAUGUUAAUAAUAGAGCUGUGGGGCAUAUGUGUGUGUGAGCGUGUGAUUAUAUGUUGCAUUUUAAAACAAUUGAUUUUCUUGGGCAAAAUUCUAGUUUUUAAUCUCUUCUGUUUAGAAUGUUCUUCCUGUUUGGCAAUAUAGGCUUAAAAAUAUGUUUGUAAAACAUUGGUACAAUUCACCUGUUGGAGAAUUAAUAUAUUGCAAGUUUUUGGUAUUAAUUCUGUGCAAUAACUAAAAGGGCACAUCACUAGAUAUGGUUGUUAGAGAUGAGUUAGGUGAUUUUGAUUUCUUCCUAUCUGUGCUGUGCACAGCCUAUAUGGCAAUCAAGUUAUCACAUUGGUUUCACGGCUUCAUUGAACACUCAGAUGGCUAGAUUAGCCAGGUUUUCAAAUCACUAGGAUAUAAACAGUAAACAGAUUUCUGACAUACAAGUUAUGUUCAAGGAAUUGUUUUCUCCAAGCAGCAGAUAUCUUAUAGAGAGCUUUGAACUGCAUUUAUUUUUAAAGCAAUCGAAAUUCAGUGCUACAAAUAGAGGAUUAUAACUUCAGGAGAAGAAUAAGCAGAAGGAGCAGAUGAACUCUCAGGGCCAUAGUCUUCCUUUGAUCUUGUAAAACUCCUAUUGACAUCUGGAGUUCCUAGUCUGGUGAGAAAAUAGACUAUAAACCGAAUGAAGCAAAGAUACCAAUCCAAUAUCUUGGUGGAGACUUUAAAACCAUACCAUACAGUGACUCUGCUGCCGUCUAGAAAAACUGACAUAAGGUACAGAAUUUUUCCUUAUCAGAUGUUUUUGGGUGGCUAUUAGGAGUCUUUAAAAAACUAUCAAUUGUUUGUAUGGAAACAUAACUAAAUGUUGUUUUCUUUAUCUAAAUUAAGAAAUCUCUUGUUAUUAUGCUAUUUAUAAUUUUUCUGGUUCUUGUAUUUUUU